UUUCAAAAUUCGAACUCAAUUCCAACACAUCACCAAAUCCUCCUCUCUAUCUUUCUGUGAAAGAGAAAGAGAAGGGAAAGGGAAACAGAGACUUCUGUUCAUGGGUGAGAAGAAAAGAAGGAAAUAAGGCCUUACUAGCUAAGUAAAAGGUUCUAAGGCCACCAGGUGCCUAACACAGCUGAACUCCAAGAGGAGAAGGAAAGAAGAGAAGAAUGACCACGGCAAGGUUCAUCAAAUGCGUAACCGUCGGCGAUGGCGCCGUCGGAAAGACUUGCAUGCUCAUCUCUUACACUAGUAACACCUUCCCAACGGAUUAUGUUCCUACAGUAUUUGACAACUUCAGUGCCAAUGUUGUGGUGGAUGGGAGUACAGUGAACCUUGGUCUAUGGGAUACUGCAGGGCAGGAAGAUUACAACAGACUGAGACCUCUAAGUUAUAGAGGUGCUGAUGUGUUUCUAUUGGCAUUCUCUCUUAUCAGUAAAGCUAGCUAUGAGAAUAUCUCUAAGAAGUGGAUCUCUGAGCUGAGACAUUAUGCACCAAAUGUUCCAGUUGUGCUGGUAGGAACCAAGCUUGAUUUAAGGGAUAACAAACAGUAUUUGAUGGAACAUCCUGGAGCAACACCAAUCACAACAGCCCAGGGUGAGGAACUGAAAAAGAUGAUUGGUGCAGCGGUUUACAUCGAAUGCAGUUCCAAGACUCAGCAGAAUGUGAAAGUCGUGUUUGAUGCUGCAAUCAAGGUUGUUCUGCGGCCUCCAAAACCAAAGAAAAAGCACCGGAAGCGAAGGCCUUGCGUGUUUCUCUAGUCCAAGUUCAUAUUAUAUAUAUCUUACAUGAUAUAUAAAUAUCCUUCCAUUUCUCUCACCCUUAAGAGGUUAUGCAGUUGUCUUGGAUAACUUUGCUACUAAAUAUAUUGAAGAAUUUGCAGUA